CACGGAUAUGUUGUAUAUUUAGACAUCUGCUCCAGAUGAUUUAAUAGUGACUGUACUUGCAGUAAAAGCCACGCGCUGUUACUUGCGCUCUAGAUUUGCGCAGUUUUUGCCUCGCUUGUGAAAUAUACCCACGCCUGAACGGAAGGACACACGUUUGAGGAAAUAAUCGGAUGGUGCAUUUUGCAGAAAGGGCAGGAGGAAUGACUUCCUCAAAUAGGAUGGUAACGCGUGUCUUUGGAGACACAGCGCGCGCGGUGCGCCUCAAGUUUGUCUGACUUUCUGCACUGAAUGCACAAACCGUAUCGUGUAAUUGCAUAACCGCUGGCGCAAACGAGAUAAAACUGGACCACGUUGUAAUAUGUAGUGAUGCGCGCUGCUUUAAUGAAUCGCAAGACGCUGGACGUCACAGGCACGCACCUCUCCGUGCCACAGGUGCGCACUAAACUUUGGUUAUUCAUUAUUGAUUAACGACGGAAAGAAAAGGAGGAACGCGCAGAGGGACAAAACAAUUACUCGCACUAUGGAGAUCAUGUCCAAUCAACCUACAGCAGAGGCGGGUGGCGACCACACCGCUGCGGCUUCCAUGUCUGCAGGCGUGGAGAGGGCUGAUGUGACCAGCCCGAGUCCGGUGACCAAACAGAGGUCCUUACGGGCGGUUUAUGUGCUGAAUGAUGGACUGAAGGCAGUGGCCGCGAACAGCCCGGAAUCCGGGGCGCUCCAGUGUCUCCAACGCGCCUGCGACGCGGAAAGUGCCAUAUUAACCACAGUAACUUUCGGACGAUUAGAUUUUGGGGAGACAACAGUGCUUGAUACAUUUUAUGACGCAGACAUUGCAGUUGUGGACAUGAGCGAUGUGUUCAGACAGCCCUCCCUGUUUUAUCACCUCGGUGUGCGUGAGAGCUUUGACAUGGCCAACAAUGUCAUCCUCUACCAUGACACGGAUCUUGACACUGCACAGUCGCUUAAGGACAUGGUGGCACAGAAAAACACAGUUGCAAGGCCAGUUAAAAUAGAAUUCCCAUGGGUCCAGUUGCCUCCCGAGUACAGGGGCUCCGGCCUAAGAAACAAAGCCUCCAGCGGGAACUACUAUUUCAUCCCCUACUUGAUGAUGCCCAACAACGAGUACUUGUGCUGUGAGAACGUGGCCCAGCGUAGAGCAUCGGAGUACAUGCAACCCAACUGGGACAACCUUCUUGGACCCCUGUGCGUCCCAUUGGUUGACCGCUUCGUCAGCUUGCUCAAAGACAUUCAUGUCACGUCUUGUGCUUCAUACAAAGACACCCUACUGAACGACAUCCGAAAAGCUCGAGAUAAAUACCAGGGUGAGGAGCUGGCCAAGGAGCUUUCCCGUAUCAAACUCCGCAUCGACAACACUGAGGUUUUGACUCAGGACAUUGUUAUGAACCUGCUUUUCUCCUACAGAGAUAUACAGGACUAUGAUGCUAUGGUUAAAUUGGUACAGACCAUUGAGAUGUUGCCCACCUGUGACUUGGCCAACCAGCCCAUGAUUCAGUUCCACUAUGCUUUUGCGCUCAAUAGGCGAAAUAGCCCUGGAGAUCGAGAGCAGGCAUUGCGUGUGAUGUUGCAGGUUCUUCAGUCAUGUGAUCACCCCGCACCUGACAUGUUCUGCUUGUGUGGCCGCAUCUAUAAGGACAUCUUCCUCGACUCUGACUGCAAGGACACCAAGAACAGGGACAACGCCAUCCAGUGGUAUAGAAAGGGCUUCGAGUUGCAGCCCACUCUCUAUUCUGGCAUUAAUCUGGCAGUGCUGCUUAUAGUGUCCGGGCAACAGUUUGAGACUUCCAUAGAACUCAGGAAGAUCGGUGUGAGGUUGAACAGUCUGCUCGGACGUAAAGGCAGUCUGGAGAAGAUGAAUAACUACUGGGACGUGGGGCAGUUCUUUACUGUCAGCAUGCUGGCCAAUGACAUCCCCAAAGCUGUGCAGGCUUCAGAGAAACUCUUCAAACUUAAACCACCCAUAUGGUACAUAUAUGGUCACUAUGGUACAUAUAGAAUAAACACUGAUGACACUGAUGACACUGAUAAGGGAAUACAUGAGUGGAACUUCACAGCAUCAUCCAUCAAAGGGAUUAGCAUCUCAAAAUUCGAUGAGCGCUGCUGCUUUUUGUAUGUCCAUGACAACUCGGACGACUUCCAGAUCUACUUCUCCACAGAGGACCAGUGUGGCAGGUUCUGCUCCAUGGUGAAGGAAUUGAUCACAGACGGAUCAGGAAAUGCUGUCGAGCUGGAGGGGGAGGGAGAAGGAGACACCCUGGAGUACGAGUACGACUACAAUGAGAAUGGCGACAGGGUGGUUUUAGGUAGGGGAACUUAUGGAGUGGUCUACGCAGGGAGAGACCUGAGUAACCAGGUGCGCAUUGCCAUCAAAGAGAUUCCAGAGAGAGACAGCAGGUAUUCCCAACCACUGCAUGAGGAAAUAGCCCUCCACAAGUACCUGAAACACAGGAACAUUGUUCAGUACCUGGGCUCGGUGUCAGAGGACGGAUAUAUCAAGAUCUUCAUGGAACAGGUCCCUGGAGGAAGUCUGUCAGCAUUGUUGCGUUCAAAGUGGGGUCCUCUGAAAGAAGCCACCAUAAUCUUCUACACUCGGCAGAUCUUGGAAGGACUUCGUUAUUUGCAUGAGAACCAGAUUGUUCAUCGGGACAUCAAGGGAGACAAUGUCUUAGUCAACACCUACAGUGGCGUGUUGAAAAUCUCAGACUUCGGCACGUCCAAGAGGCUGGCUGGAGUCAAUCCCUGCACAGAGACGUUCACUGGUACGUUACAGUAUAUGGCCCCUGAGAUCAUCGAUAAAGGCCCUCGAGGUUACGGGGCACCUGCUGAUAUCUGGUCCCUGGGCUGCACCAUCAUAGAGAUGGCCACAGGCAAACCUCCUUUCCAUGAGCUGGGAGAACCACAGGCUGCCAUGUUUAAGGUGGGCAUGUUUAAGAUCCAUCCAGAGAUCCCAGAGUCUCUUUCGUCAGAGGCCAAAUCCUUCAUUCUUGCAUGCUUUGAGCCUGACCCGAAUAAACGAGCAAUGGGCGGGGACCUGCUCAAGGAUCCAUUCCUGCGUCAAAACAUUAAAGGCAAAAAGAACAAGAUCGCUUUCAAACCUUCAGUGUGGCAAGACUACAUCCGCAGUGUUUCAUUGCCAGUACAGCUGCAGACGGAGGCCGCAGGGAGCAGCAGCAGUGAACCAGGCUCUGUGUCUCCCGACUGCGACUCCAAACAAGACGUGUUCUUUGAAAAGAAAAAACGCUCUAGCUCAGAGAACCUCAUCAAACCACCCAACUCAAACUUCCUCAGUGUUCCAGAUGAGAGUCCUACAGCAGAAGACCGCAGCUCUCCAGCCUCCUCUGAGAACAGCGACUCUGGCCUCUUCCUGCUGAAGAAAGACAGUGAAAGACGUGCCAUACUCUACAAGGUCCUCAAUGAGGACCAGGAUAAGGUGACGUCCAACCUCAUGGAGAACCACAUCCAGGGUCAGGAGGAGCUGAAGUUGUCAGUGGACCACAUUAAACAGAUCAUCUGCAUCUUACGGGACUUUAUACGUUGCCCUGAGCGACGUGUCAUGGCAAUGACUAUCUCAAAACUCAAGCUGGACCUGGACUUCGACAGCACAUCAAUCAACCAGAUCCAGCUGGUUCUGUUUGGUUUCCAGGACUCUGUAAAUAAAGUGUUGAGGAACCACCACAUUAAACCACACUGGAUGUUUGCCAUGGACAACAUCAUCAGACGGGCUGUACAGGCAGCUGUUACGAUUUUAAUUCCAGAGCUACUGACACAUUUUGGGCCUGCAUCGGAAAGUGAGGGUGCAGAUAAGGACGCAGAUGAAGUUGAUGAAGAGGAUGAUGGGGACUUUGGAUCAGUGGCACGUACGACCCAGGAAGAUCAAGCCCUCACGUCUGGAGUCAGCACCCUCAGUUCAGUCAUAUCCCAUGAGGCUCAGCGGCCACAGCACCCGCUGGGAGCCCAGCUUGGACGCCUCAAACAGGAAACCAGCAGGCUGCUUGAAGAACUGGUACAGAAGGAGAGAGAAUAUCAGCAGGUACUGAGACAAACUCUCCAACAGCGGGUACACGACAUUGAGCUUAUCAGGAUCAGACAACAGCCUUCUGCAGAGAUGCCCUCAACCCCCUCUAUAUUUCACAUUGCCGCACAUCCCAAGCCUGACAAGAAGCUCACUGAUUGGCUGAAGGAGCAGGGUGCCGACUCUGACACCAUAGACAAGAAACUGAAGAUUCAUGCCAAGUUCUUGUGGUUUCUGUCUGUGUCUGACAAGUUUGUUGAAGAAGAUUUUACGCUCAACGACAUUCUUUGCGAUGUUACAAAAGAAGACCUGCGCUGCCUGAGGCUUAGGGGAGGAGCGCUGUGUCGUAUCUGGAAAGCCAUUCAGAGACACCGUAAUAAAGGGCUUAAAAUGACAAGGGAAAUUCAGAAGGAUGAAAGCAGCGAGAGGUUGCUGUUAACUGACACCUGAGCCAGCAUUAUAAUACAUUCACACAAACAUCCCUAUAAUGAGAGACCCUUACUGGCCCAAACCUUGUAAUUAUGUCAUGCUCUGCCCCAGUUGGACAGCUAUGGCCUAAUGUUUUUGUGCUAUUUUUAGUAUAGGUUUUCAGCCUCUCCAUCUCAUUUCCAUUCGAUUUCAAUAGGAAAAGCAAUGAGGAUGUAAACGGCUCUAUCUAGGAAAGACUGCACUUUCCGAUUUUUUACACUGCCAGGACAAGAGGGGUCAUGUGACCCUCUCCAAGUGACUUGGGAAUGGGCCUAGGACGGCAGAGCAAAACAGUGUUACCUACUUAACGUAGGACUUCAGAUCAUGCCAUUUUAAAUGAGAAAAUCUAUGUUUAUAUUUGUUUUAGCUUAACAAGUCUGGAAAAUGUAUUAUUCAUUAUAAAACAUUAUGUAUGUAUGUAUGUAUUUUUUUUUUUUGAGGAACUGUCUGUACAAAAUGACCACACACCUCUCGGACCAGGGCUAAAGAGCCUCUUUUAGAUGUAUUUUGAAAAGUUUGGAUGUAAUUACCCCAGUAUGUAGAUAAAUAAACAUGAACUAGUCAUAACAUUCAGUUGCAAUUUGAGUAGCUAUGGCACUCAAUAGUUGCUUGUACUUCAAGUGUUGCUCGACUGUCUUUUUUUUAUUUAUUUUUAUUUUUUUGUAAAAAUGUGCAAGACCAGGCUUGCUGAAGGCAUACCAAGUGGUUUUCUUAAACCGCCAACCACUUUUUACAAACAUAUAUCCUCUUUCUUAAGAAUGAAGGGGCCUUUUGUGUCAGUAGCAGUUCAAAUUCAGGUUCAUUCUAUAGUCUGAAUGGAUCACAGCACCAAAAGUGCUUAUCCAGGAUUUACAGAUUCUUAUAUAUGAUUUUUUGUUCAUUUUU